AUGACGGACGUUACGAUGCAGGUCGAAGAGACCGUGGAGAUGAUCAAGCAUGGCGAGAUCGAUGAGUCCCUAUACAGUCGGCAAUUGUAUGUGCUUGGUCACGAAGCCAUGAAGCGCAUGGGCUCGUCAAAUGUCCUCGUUGUUGGCCUCAAGGGUCUGGGUGUGGAAAUUGCCAAGAACAUUGCCCUCGCUGGUGUCAAAUCCCUUACUCUUUACGACCCCGCCCCCGUUGCCAUCGCAGAUCUCUCCUCCCAGUUCUUCCUCCAGCCUCAAGAUGUCGGCAAGCCCCGCGCUGAUGUCACCGCCCCACGAGUCGCCGAGCUCAACUCCUAUGUCCCCGUGAUGAUCCACGAGGGUGAGAAUCUCGUUGGAGAUUUGGAACAGCUGAAGCGUUACCAAGCGGUCGUCUUGACACAGACUCCGCUGAAGGAGCAGCUGGCGAUCGCAGACUUCUGCCACAAGAACGGCAUCUAUAUCACGAUUACGGAUACAUUCGGUCUAUUCGGUUACAUUUUCAACGACUUUGGUAAAAACUUCACCAUUGGUGACCCCACUGGCGAAGAGCCUGUCGGUGGUAUCAUUGCCGAUAUUGAUGAGGAUGGUCUCGUGUCUGCCUUGGACGAGACCCGGCACGGCCUGGAAGAUGGCGACUUUGUGACAUUCACUGAGAUCAAGGGCAUGGACGGCUUGAACAACAGUCAUCCUCGUAAGGUUACCGUGAAGGGCCCAUACACGUUUAGCAUUGGCGAUGUCUCUGGCCUCGGCUCCUACCAGGGUGGCGGUCUCUUUACCCAAGUGAAGAUGCCCAAGUUCGUUGAUUUCCAGCCUUUGUCGGAACAAAUCAAGAAGCCGGAGCUUCUGAUCUCUGAUUUCGCCAAGUUCGACCGACCUCAACAGCUCCACAUUGGUAUCCAGGCUCUCCACCAAUUUGCGGAGACCCACGACCGUCAGUUCCCCCGCCCGCAUAAUGACAGCGAUGCUCAGGAUGUCCUGAAGAUCGCCAAUGAGCUUGCGGCCUCGGGAGAGGAGAAGGUUGAGCUGGAUGAGAAGAUCAUCAAGGAGCUGAGUUACCAAGCUCAGGGUGACCUGAACGCCUUGGCUGCUUUCUUCGGAGGUAUCGCAGCUCAGGAAAUUCUCAAGGCUGUCUCUGGAAAGUUCAGCCCCGUGCAUCAGUGGAUGUACUUCGAUUCCUUGGAGUCUUUGCCCACCUCGACCACCCGGUCUGAGGAGAGCUGCAAGCCUACCGGUUCCCGUUAUGAUGGCCAGAUUGCAGUCUUUGGUAAGGAGUACCAGGAGAAGCUCUCCAAUGUCACUCAAUUUUUGGUCGGUUCGGGUGCCAUUGGUUGCGAGACCCUGAAGAACUGGGCCAUGAUGGGUCUGGGCACUGGUCCCAAGGGUAAAAUCUUUGUCACGGACAUGGAUCAGAUUGAGAAGAGCAACCUAAACCGCCAGUUCCUUUUCCGCCCCAAGGACGUUGGUCGUCUCAAGAGUGAGUGUGCUACUGCCGCAGUCCAAGCUAUGAACCCCGAUUUGAACGGUAAGAUUGUGACUCUUCGUGACCGCGUCGGUGCGGAUACCGAGCACAUCUUCAACGAGGAGUUCUGGAAUGGACUUGACGGUGUGACUAACGCUCUGGAUAACGUUGAUGCCCGUACAUAUGUGGAUCGCCGUUGCGUCUUCUUCCGCAAGCCGCUUCUCGAGAGUGGUACUCUUGGUACCAAGGGCAACACUCAAGUGAUCCUACCAUUCAUCACCGAGUCCUACUCUAGCUCUCAGGACCCUCCUGAGAAGUCGUUCCCCAUGUGCACGCUGAAGAGUUUCCCCAACCGCAUUGAGCACACCAUUGCCUGGGCUCGCGACCUCUUCCAGACCUACUUCGUUGGCCCUCCCGAGUCGGUCAACAUGUACCUCUCGCAACCCGACUACAUUGACCAGACUCUUAAGCAGGCGGGCAAUGAGAAGCAGACCUUGGAGCACCUCCGUGACUUCCUGGUCACCGAGAAGCCCCUGACAUUCGAUGACUGCAUCGUCUGGGCCCGCCAGCAGUUCGAGGCUCAGUACAACAAUGCUAUCCAGCAACUUCUGUACAACUUCCCCAAGGACUCCAAGACUUCUACUGGCCAGCCUUUCUGGUCUGGUCCCAAGCGCGCACCUACCCCUUUGAAGUUCGAUAGCUCCAACCCCACUCACAUCGGAUUCGUAAUUGCUGGUGCAAACCUCCACGCCUUCAACUACGGUAUCAAGAACCCUGGUGCCGACAAGGAGUACUACCGUAAGGUGGUGGACGAUAUGAUCAUCCCGGAGUUUACUCCUAGCUCGAACGUGAAGAUUCAGGCCGACGACAAUGAGCCCGAUCCCAACGCUCAACCUGCCGGCGGUAACAACGAUGAUGAAGACCUUCAAAAGCUUGUUUCUCUCCUCCCAUCGCCCAAGUCCCUAGCUGGCUUCCGUCUGCAACCUGUUGAGUUUGAGAAGGACGAUGACACCAACCACCAUAUCGACUUUAUCACUGCGGCCAGCAACUUGCGUGCCGAUAACUACGAGAUCCCCCAGGCGGAUCGUCACAAGACUAAGUUCAUUGCUGGAAAGAUUAUCCCUGCUAUUGCUACUGCCACAGCUCUAGUGACUGGUCUUGUUGCUCUGGAGCUGUUCAAGGUUGUUGAUGGCAAGGACGAUAUCGAGCAGUACAAGAACGGAUUCAUCAAUCUUGCCCUGCCGUUCUUUGGUUUCAGUGAACCGAUCGGUAGCCCCAAGGGUAAAUAUCAGGGUAAGCAGGGUGAGGUCACCAUUGAUCGUCUCUGGGACCGCUUUGAGUUGGACGACAUUCCCCUUCAAUCCUUCCUGGACUACUUUGCCGACCGGGGCCUGGAUAUCACCAUGGUCAGCUCUGGUGUCAGCUUGCUCUAUGCCAGCUUCUACCCUCCGUCCAAGGUUAAGGAUCGCCUUCCUCUGCCGAUGAGCAAGCUCGUCGAGCAUGUCAGCAAGAAGGCCGUGCCUGAGCACCAGAAGAACGUCAUCUUCGAGGUGACAGCCGAGGACCAGACUGAGGAAGAUGUUGAGAUCCCCUACGUGAUGGUCAAAAUGAGCAAAUAA